UGAAAUCAGUCUGAAACUUAACAAAGGAGUAAUGAGAUUCCUAUUGAGGCUAUUGUGUUUUUUCCUUCAGAGAAUAUAUGGAUCAUCUGGGACCUGUCCUAGCCACAGGGUUAUAGCGCAGGGGGGGAAACAGUUCAGUGUUAUUCCAGGAUCCCCUCCAUUGUCCCUUGGUUGUAAACAGGAUUCCUAUAUGUUGCAAGAUGACAAAGGAGCCCAGUAUUGUUUGGCUAGUAAUCCAAAACCAAGAAAAUUAACAAAAGUUCAAUGUCAGAGUUUGCCAGAAAGCUGUGCUAAUGAGUGUGGAAGGGAGAACCCUCCCAUGGUAACAAACAGAAUACAAGGAGGAAUGUUUACAUCAUCUCACAGAUUUCCCUGGGUUGCUUCUUUGCAAUCGAAUGGCAGACAUUUUUGUACAGCUUCAGUAAUAUCUCCAAGAGCUCUAUUGACUGCUGCUCAUUGUUUUGAACACCUUGCAAAUUCAACAGUUCCUGACGAUGUUACUGCAGUUGUUGGUAUCAAUGAUUUGAUUUCUGAAAAUCUGGAAGGGCAAAGUUUAAAAAUAAAGAAACACAUUAUUCACCCUAAUUAUAUCAACGUACACAAAGAUGAUAGUGUUGAAUAUGACAUUGCUAUACUAAUAACUGAAAAUAUUGAAUUUAAUCAAAAUGUUGGACCCAUAUGCUUGCCUCAGAAGGACACUGUUUUAAAUGAAAAAGAAGAGGCUCUAACACUAGGCUGGGGGAUAGAUGAAGACUUAAGUAAAUUACUGACUGAUAGCAAUAUAAUCACCGAACCUCAGAUGGAUCUAAUGGAAUUGUUUUCAUCCCUUCGUGGCAUGGUUGGUUCCAAGAAAGAAGAAGAGUUGCUGAAAAAACUGUUUUUCAGGUUUGAAGAGAUUUACCCAAAUUUUGGAAAGGUCUAUGAUCAAAAAAUGAACUUCCUGAACCCUGCCAUAAGCAAUGAGAGUAAGAAUGCUCUAACAUUAGAAAUGACAAAUCUGCUACGACCUAAAAUAGAAGAAAAAAUUGCAGAAUCUGCAGAAAAAUCAAGAAUUUUACUCUAUAUAAUUGAAAAUGCUGAGGCAAUAUUUAAGGAAGUGCUCUUAGCUCCCAAUGAUACAGAAGUAAAAGAAUUAAAAGAUCACUGUUCUAAUUGCAACAAAAAUUGGAACUGGAUGUACCACUAUACAAAGAAACUCCCAAGCGUGGGGUUUUCUUAUUUGACUGACAAGCUAAAAGAAGCUAAAUCAUACUGGUUAUCCAAGGAGGAAUGCCAAAAAAAAAUCAAACAACAUCAAAUUUCAUAUAAUUUUCUGCUUAAAAGUAAUAUAUCCAUUGAAAACCCUUCUAUGAUGUGUCUACAGCCUAUAAAUGGAGGAAUAUGUCCUGGAAACUCCGGAGGUCCAUCUACUAUAAAGAUGGGCAGCAAGUUUGUUCAAGUUGGAAUAACGAGUGCUCUUAUGCCAGGCGAAUGGAGGCUUCCGAUACCCUGUCGAUGUGGCUGUGAGGAUAAAGAUGUUCGUAAACCUGAUAUUUAUCAAAGUGUUAGUAUCUGCAUGGACUGGAUCAUUCAACAGUUGGAGAAUAAUGAUGCAAACCCUUGUAGAUUAAAUUAUCUAUAACUUUUGGACCCAUAUUGUCAAGCCACAAGACUUUUUUGAUAAAUUCAAAAUUCAGAAGUUUUGUAUUGUAAAUUUCAGGGAUCUUCUGUAGAUUUUAUUUUAUUUAAUAUCUCUUUGCUAUUGCUUAUACCCUGCAGGGUUAAGUUUAUUCCAGGGAUCAAGCAUUGAGCCUCAAAGGGCCCAGAGUAGAUAUUGAGGUCCUGCGAUCAAUAUAAUCGAUCUUUUAAAGAAAAAUUCUUGUCUCUGGCUUCAUUUAUAUCUUUCAUUCACCUUUGAAGUGUGACAAGCAAAUUUUGAAUUCAAUAGUAAUAAACAUUCUUAUCUUGUUUA